AUGCGCAGGUUCCACGCUGAAGCACCACUUGAACCAAUUUUCCGAGAUAUAUUUGCUGAUAUAUUAUUUACAUUUCACAACAAGUACAAGGAAGAAAGCAUUAAUCUCGAUCCUGACGACGGGAAUUCGAGGCUAUGUUGCGCUUGCAAUCUUCCUCUCUUCUCGACUCCGUUCAAAGCAACAGAGCCGGGAAGUGGUUAUCUGCACGACCAGUGCAGUAAUCUGCCUAUCGAUUUAGACGGUGACGAGUUACAUCCUUCCUCGAGACCCCUCCAGAAGAGGCCUAAUAAUCUUCCCGAAAGCAACUGCUCGAUCUGCAAGGCAGUUUGUGGGGACGUGGUGUACCGUUGUCGUGGCGUAGGGUGCGAUUUCCAGCUCGACGUGACGUGCGCUUUGCCGGUGAAGAUCCUGCACCGGAGCCACGACCACAGGCUGACGGUGAUCCGCUGCUCCAAAGGCUUUUACUGCAGUGCUUGUGGGACCGAGCAUCGGCCGGGUCUGUUGUGGGCCCGGCCGAUGCCUUUUGCCUACGUAUGCAGUCCAUGUGAUUUCUGGCUGCAUCCUCACUGUGCUGCGCUGCCAAAUGCAAUCCAGCACGAGCGCCACCGCCACCCACUUCUUCUGAAUUACGGUUCCAUAGUGGGGUGGAGUAAGUGUAUAAUUUGUGAAGACGAUGUGUCGAGUUGGGGGUUUUAUUCAUGCACUAUGGGUUCAUACAAUGUCCAUAUCAUGUGCUCCGUCACAAAUGACCGGAGCUUCGAACCAGUUCCGCUACGAGAAGCUCUACAUCGAGUUCCAGAGUUGGUUCAUCUUCCGGUGCCUGACGAAUACACAAGUAUUAUACGACACAUAGCAAAAUGUAGCUCCACCACAAGUGAUGACGCAGUGCAGCACCAACAUCCACUAACCUUGCACCACGACUAUCCCGUCUACAAUGAUGAUGUCGAGAUCAAUGAUGACGAUUCUCAUCGGCUCCCUAAGUGUAACGGGUGCACACAAUUCAUCUCACCUCCAUUCUAUACAUGUUUCCAGUGCCCGAAACUCAUCCUCCACGAUUGUUGCGCACGUCUCCCGCGCAUGGUGACGCAUUCCAUGCACAUGGGGCGCUACCGCCCUCCCCCGGGCAUCCUCAUCGGCCUAAAGAGCCGAGAUAAGUAUUCCAAUUGCGUCUUAGAAACCACAUGCUGCAAUCGCCUCACCAACGGAUUCACCUACUCCUCCUUCUGGCACCGGAGGGACAUCAUCUGUAGCUUGAUGCCGCCCUCAAUCACGCACACUGCCCACGCCAAGACGCAUGUGCUCCGCUCCUCGUACAAAAAGUCAGUAGAAUAUGAGGAAGCAAAAUGCCGCUGCUGCAUGAGAUUCCUCAGCGACGUAUCCUACAAAUGCACAACAUGCCGCAAUUUCAGCCUACACACCUGGUGUGCACAGCUUCCGGCAACUGUCCGCCACGUGUACGACCCGCAUCCUCUGAAGCUCGUCACAUCCCCACCUCCUCACAUGCAGCCGCAGAUCUGCGACGCAUGUGAGAAGGGCCUUGACAGCACACGGUGGUACUACGGCUGCACAGAGUGCGAGCAGGUGUUCCACGUGGACUGCAUACCAUGCUUAGAUAACCUAUCUUUGAUCAAGUACGAGGCUAUUGAGGUGCGUGUGCCGUAUCAUAAAUGCCCACUCACUCUCGUCCGCAGACACAUGGUCCGCGGCCGUAGGUGUGGGCGUUGUGGGGAAGGCUACCGAGAGCACCGUGAUAGUCUGGCGCUUGAAUGCUUUAAAUGCUAUUUUAGCAUCCAUGUUACUUGUUUCGAGACAUUAUCUGAGCUUUUCAAAGAGUCUAAGAUGAAGACUCUAUCCAUACAAGAUCUCUAGAAAAUUGUUUCAGCCAAAAAUGCAUUCAUUGAAAUUUUCACUAUCAAAUAAUUGUAAACAUAUGUUCAUUUUUAUGAUAAAAGUGUUCA